UGGGAGGGUGAGUAGGGCCGGCUGCCCGGGUUGCGGUCUUGGUCUUCACGGAGCUAGAGACCCUCCCUACCAUUCAGCUCCCAGACCUUCGGUCACCUAGUAGCACCUGUUGCAGGUGACAGACAACUCUCGUCACUUUCCUUGCCCGGUUGCUUUGAAGAAAGAAGAGUAGAAGAUAAGGAGUCGGAGACGAAUCCAUCAUGUCGGAGCUACUAGACCUCUCCUUUCUGUCUGAUAUGGAAAGGGAUUUGAUCCUCAGUGUUCUGCAGAGAGAUGAGGAACUCAGAAAAGCAGAUGAGAAAAGGAUUAGGAAACUGAAGAAUGAGCUACUGGAGAUAAAACGGAAAGGUGCCAAAAGGGGCAGCCAGCACUACAGUGAUCGAACCUGUGCCCGGUGCCAGGAGAGCCUGGGCCGUUUGGUUCCCAAGAGCAACACUUGUGUGGGUUGUAAUCAUUUAGUGUGUCGAGAAUGUCGCAUUGUGGAAAGUAAUGGCUCCUGGAGGUGCAAGGUGUGCGCCAAGGAAAUAGAGCUGAAGAAAGCAACUGGCGAUUGGUUUUAUGAUCAGAAAGUAAACCGCUUUGCGUACAGGACAGGCAGCGAGAUAAUCAGGAUGUCCCUGCGCAGGAAGCCUGCAGCAAAUAAAAGAGAGCCAGUGGAACAGCCCCUCCUUCAUCAGACACAGAUAGGCGAUAUCUGGCCAGGAAGAAAGAGCAUCCAGGAACAACGGAAGGAACACAGUGUGCCAUUCGAAGUGCCGAAGCUGAGGAGUGGAAAGAGCGCGCUGGAAGCUGAGAGCGAAAGUCUGGAUAGCUACACAGCUGACUCGGAUAGCACCUCCAGGAGAGAUUCUCUGGAUAAAUCUGGACUCUUCCCAGAAUGGAAGAAGAUGUCUGCUCCCAAAUCUCAAGUUGAAAAGGAAAUUCAGCCAGGGAGUCAAAAUGCACUCUGUGUUGACGAGGGUGACAUGAUAUUCAAGAAGAACACCAGAAAAAUCCUGAGGCCUUCAGAAUACACUAAGUCUGUAAUAGACCUUCGGCCAGAAGAUGUGGCACAAGAAAGUGGCAUCCUGGGAGACAGGAGCAAAUCCGUACCAGGCCUCAGUGCAGAUAUGGAAGAAGAGGAGGAGGAAGAAGAGGACAUUGACCAUUUGGUGAAGCUGCAUCGACAGAAACUGGCCAGAGGCAGCAUGCAGAGUGGCUCCUCCAUGAGUACCAUUGGCAGCAUGAUGAGCAUCUAUAGUGAGGCUGGUGACUUUGGGAACGUCUCUGUGACUGGCAAGAUCAUCUUUUCUCUCAAGUUUGAGCAGAAAACACAGACUCUGGUCAUCCAUGUAAAGGAGUGCCACCAGCUGGCCUACGCUGAUGAAGCCAAGAAGCGUUCCAACCCAUAUGUGAAGACUUAUCUUCUGCCUGACAAGUCCCGCCAAGGGAAAAGAAAGACCAGCAUCAAGCGGGACACCAUCAAUCCACUAUAUGAUGAGACCUUUAGGUAUGAGAUUUCAGAAUCUCUUCUGGCCCAGAGGACUUUGCAGUUUUCCGUUUGGCAUCACGGUCGUUUUGGCAGAAACACUUUCCUUGGAGAGGCGGAGGUCCACAUGGACUCCUGGAAGCUGGAUAAGAAGCGGGAUCAUUGCCUCCCUUUACAUGGAAAGGAGUCAGUAAUGGCGAAGUGGUGGACUGGAUGGAUUCGACUGGUGAGGAAGUGAGCCUGUGGCAGAAGAUGCAACGGUACCCAGGGUCUUGGGCAGAAGGAACUCUGCAGCUACGUUCUUCAAUGGUCAAACAGAAGCUAGGUGUAUGAGUCCCUAUCUUUGUCUGCAGGUGCAGCCCUGGUCAAUCCAAGUCAAAGGCUAAGCAACCACAGUGAGAGCUUGCUAAUUUAAUGUGUAUGCUUAUAUGUGUAUAAACAUGUAUUUCUGCAGAUCUUAUUUUGCUAGCUAGUGUGACACAGAUGUGUUCCUCCCUUUAAAGAAGCCCAAGAAGAAGCGGCUUUUCAAGUGGUUUUUAUUUAUGUAUAGUAUAUUUUCAGAGCACAUAGUUGCCUCUGUCUUUCUGUGCUUUAACUAACUUUAAAAAUCUUUUACAGCAACCCUCUACUUUCUGUCCUGCUAUCCUCACUCCCACUUCUCCUGGAAGUAUGGCUGUUUGGAGCAGUAGCUGUAGUUUGUGGGUCUAGGUGUGCAAUGUCUGGUAGUUAAAGACAGUGCACUAUGGGACAGGGGUUUACUACCAGUCCUUCCUCUCUGGUUUGUAUUUUAUCUCAUCAUCUACCUUGAUACAUUUUUAGAAAUUGCCUUUUAACUUUUUUUUUAAAGCAAUUUCCACCUUGUGUGAGUGUAGUGGCUUUCUUUGAAAUGCAACGAAAACUCUCCAGCUCCUUCCUAGACCUUCGGGGAGCCCUUAUAAUGGAGCCACUUUAGAAAAAUCACUCUAAUUAGAUAAUGGCCUUUUCACUGGGACAUUAACCUGCCCCGUGAGACCUACUAGCUGAUCCCAGAAGGUCUACGUGACUCUGAAGAAAGUUUCUCACGGCCCAUGUUGAAUUCUCUUUUUUUCAACUGUCAUAGCAGUUGUUAAAGAGGGUUUUCCUUAUUUCCCUAAUGGAGGAUGAGACAUCUUCACUCUCGUGUACUAUAGCUUUUUCUAAGUUGGUGGCUGGGGUGUGCUGUUGCAUAGAACAUAGUCUGUAUGCCUCCAUUUCAGCCACAAGAGCCAAAGACUGUCUAAAGCGAUACAGUACUCCCCUAGGCUGGGGAUUAUUGCCACCCCAUGAAAAUGUGGAUGGAAUUGCCCGGCUCUUCUGACUUUUGACCUAAUAUAUUUUCAGUUCCCAUUUUGGUUGAUUCCUAAACUUGACCUGCACGUAACGGCGGAGUAGCGUGUUGAGACUUAUUAGAGAGAUCUAGUGAGCCUUCACUUCCUGCUCCUCGCUCUUCGAUACUCGACUUUUCCUUCACGGCAGUCUGUCUCCACAGAGGUGUGUGUGGAAGGUGUCCCUGCCAGAGAGGAAAUCCUGUCGGUGGAGCCAGCUGCAGAUUGACUUUCCUGUUGGGGCUCUGAAUUCAGCGUGGUGAUUAAGAUUGUAUGUGGGAAGUUCAUAGAAUGUUUCUCAGAGACCUGUUUAAUGCGGUUUGAUACUGUAACGGAAGAGUAACUCAAGAGCCCGGCUCACACGUGUUCUUUAGUAUCCCACCUCGACUUGCAUGCCUGUUUCAAUAAAGCUUUCUCAC